AUGGCAAUUGCUUUGCGCUAUGUGGACAAAUUGGGACAUGUGAAUGAGCGCUUUUUAGGCAUUACACAUGUUAAUAAUACAUCAGCAGUGACACUAAAGAGUGCAAUUGAGGAAGUAUUUAAUAAACAUAGCUUAAGCAUUAGUAGAUUGCGGGGACAAGGCCACGACGGGGCAAGCAACAUGCGAGGUGAGUUAAAUGGACUAAAAACUCUUAUUUUGAAAGAUAAUCCUUCUGCCUAUUAUGUCAAUUGCUUUGCACAUCAGUUUCAACUAAAAUUAGUUGCAGUAGCAAAAAAUCACAUCCAAAUUGCAACCUUUUUUAACUUGGUUGCAAAGGUAUUCAAUAUUGUUGGAACAUCAUGUAAACGUCGUGAUAUUCUUCGCAAAAAACAUAAUGCUGAAGUUAUAGAAGCACUAAAAAAUAAUGAAAUUUCAACUGGUCAUGGCUUGAAUCAAGAAAUGAGUCUAAAAAGACCUGGAGAUACACGUUGGAGUUCUCAUUAUGGUGCACUUGUAAAUCUUAUUCACAUGUUUUCUUCUGUAAUUGAUGUGAUUGAAACUAUUAUAGAAGAUGGUUUAGAUUCUGAUCAGAGAGCAGAAGCAAAUAUCUUAAUUGGUUUACUCCAGACAUUUGAAUUCGUGUUUGAUUUACAUUUGAUGAAAGGUGUGUUUGGCAUAAGUAAUGAGUUGUCACAGGCAUUACAACGAAAAGAUCAAGAUAUUGUGAAUGCUAUGAAGUUGGUUGACAUUUCAAAGCAACGUUUACAAGCCAUGAGAGAUGAUGGGUGGAACACUUUGCUAGAGGAGGUUUCUACAUUUUGUGCAAAAAAUAAUAUUGAUGUUCCUGAUAUGGAUGAUUUAUAUCAACCUCGGCCACGACGAAAAGCUCAAAACAUGAAAAAUUCACAUCAUUAUCAAGUGGAGCUUUUUUAUACUGUUAUAGAUAUGCAACUUCAGGAACUUAAUAGUCGUUUUGAAAAUUCUAAAUUAUUACUUUGUGUUGCGUGUUUGAACCCAGAUAACUUAUUUUCAGCAUUCAACAAGGAGAAAUUGAUUCGGCUUGCUCAGUUUUAUCCAAGUGAUUUUUCAACAGUUCAAGUUUCUUUCUUGGAUAACCAACUUGAGACAUACAUCCAUGACAUGUGGUCCACUGAAGAGUUUUCAACACUUAAAGGAAUUGGACAGCUUGCUGAAAAGAUGGUAGAAAUGAAAAAGAAUGUUUCAUAUCCAUUGGUUUACUCAUUAGUGACUUUGGCAUUGAUCUUACCAGUUGCAACAGCUACUGUUGAAAGAGCUUUUUCAGCAAUGAACAUAAUUAAAAAUCGAUUACGCAAUCGAAUAGGAGAUCAGUGGAUGAAUGAUUGCUUAGUCACAUAUAUUGAGAAAGAUAUAUUCAAAACUAUUGAAUGUGAAGAAAUCAUGCAGCGGUUUCAAAAUAUGAAAAAUCGUCGAGGCCAAUUGAGUAAAAUAAGCUAG